UUGUAUGCAUUGCCGCUGCGAUAUUCCGAGCGAUUGACCGCGCGUCUAGUGAUUUCUGGGAGCUGCCGAUGGCUUUGGAGGCUGUCUUUAGCAAAUGCUUUUCUGGAGCUGGGAUUUCUCAUGGAUGUGGAAAUUUCUUUCUAGGGGGAUUUGCAGCAGCUGAGCUCGAGCUCCAGGUCGUGUUUCACGGGAAGGAAAUUGGCAGUAACAGUACGCAGGAGUACCCAAGAAAUGCUGGUUCCUCUAAGAUACGCUGCUCGUCAAAUGAUCCUCCCUCAGCUUGGCCAGAGCAAUGGUGGAUGGAGCUAGGAAAAAAUCCUGGGAUGGACCAAAGCCCAUUUCACUUCUUGGAUCCACGGGCUCCAUCGGCACACAGAUUCGAAGUUGUUGGCCUGGCUUCUGGCUCAAACGUUACACUUGUUGCUGAUCAGGUCAGGAGAUUCAAACCAAGCAUGGUUGGGAUUCGAGACCGAAUUAAAAGAAGCCAUUGCUGAUCUUGACGAAAAUCCAGAGAUUGUCGUUGGGGACGAAGGAAUUGUACAGAUAGCGUGUCAUCCAGAGGCAGUAGAAGUUGUGGCAUAUUGGCGGAGGCAGCCGCGCGCAUACCGGACAACAAAGAUCAGUUGAAUGCGGUGCUGGAGGUGGCGCAGCGAGUUUUCAAGCAAGCGUACGUUGUGGAGGGGCCUCGAGGGGAAAUAGUUACAUGCCUGUUGCAAGCACGUCGUUGAAGACUAAGUUUACUCAGCCGGCAGUCCAUAUGUUCUACCUCUUGCAAAGAAACACGGAAUCAACAUCCUACCUGCGGGAGA